UGUAAAUUGCCAUACUGAUUUUCUUAUUUUUCCUGUCAAUGCAACCUAUCAUUUUCCACACAGACGUGCUCCACCAAAGGACAAAAGAACACAGUAUGCAUGGGGGAUUGUAACACUGUUUCCUUCUCUAAAAGAUCCCUACUCCAAAAAGGCUAUGAACAUUUCUAUGAUGCAGAUAGCAACGAGGGCUACAUUGCAUGGAAGCUUAAAAACACACAGCGGGACCUCAACAGUGGCAGCAGUAGCAGUGGAUUUAGGAGAAUGAGCUCUCACACCUCAAACAGCAGUGGACCACAGUUGGAGAGAGAAGUGUCUAAAGAGCUCCAGCUGGAGGGAGACCAAUGUUGCGAGGCCAUUUCUCUACUGAAACACAGCACGGACAAAGAACAGAUAUUCAUGAAAAUGAAAGCAACCUUCAACCACAGACAACAGCUGAUCCACGAUCCUGAGCAAUGCAGCACAGUUCUUACACUGUUCCCAAGGUUCCUUGACACGAAAGGCCUGGUCUUGCAGGACUUUGACCUGUUGUUUAGUGCUGAGACUUCUUCAAAACUUCUUGAGAAAUGGGGAACACUCCUGAAGGUAAAAGUAAUAGAGCAAGCCAAAAACCUCAACAAGACACCCCUUCUUGACUACCUCAUUCAGUCUGCAGAGGAGAACCCUGAUGAGGAUGAUGAAGUGCCAGGUUGGGAUAGUGACAUGGCUUCACUUCUCCUCCUGGUGCACCUCCUUCCACCAACUCCAAGUGGAAAGAAGGGAGCGGUUAAACUCAGUAUCCGGGAAGCUGUUGAUCGUGUGGUCAAAUUUCACAAGUCAAGUCGCAGCCUUCAGGAACACUCUGGUCCAGACCAGCGGAGGCAGCCCUACAUCCUGGCAGUUGGGACGGCAAGAAACAGCAUCCAUCAGUACUACAUUGCGAUGGAUAAUGGGCUCCUUCCCUGCAAUGCCAGGUCUUCCCUCGCAGCCUUUGAUGAACUUUUCAAGGCACAUUAUGUGUUUGGUGUCUCCUAUGACCAGGCCUUAAACAGCAUGUUUACAUUUGUGCAGACCACCAUAUACAACAUUGACAUCGGACUCUCUCACGAAACUCCCAGAGUCAAGGACCUCAGGGCAAAGCUCCUCAACUGAACUUAUGAUGUUUGGAUGCUUUGUGUGCAAAUCCGCUUUUCACAGCAUUCAGCUGUUGGUCCGCCAUCUCAAAGUUUCCCAUGCCUUUUUUCCUGGUAAGCAGUUUCAAUUGGUGUGUGACCAGAAUGGAUGCCGUCACAGAUUUUGUAGUUUUUCAGGCUUCAGAAAACAUCUUCAGUGCAAGCAUAAUGCUGAAAUUCUAGAUCCAGCUAUUAAUGAACCAGUUACUCCUUCAGUUGUUGUACAUGAUCAGCGAACAGUAUCAACUUUAAUUUCAGAGCAACCAGUGAAUUCUCAAAGUUGUAUUGAGAACAGGCAACAUACCCAAGAAAUGUGUGCAUCCCUUAUUGCAAAACUCCAAAGCAGUGGUGUGGCUACUAAUGUUGUAAAGACUGUUGUUGCAAAUAUGGAGGAGCUUGUAGAGGAAUUGCAUUCAACUGUUAAAGAAGAUGUGAUAAAAUUACUACCCGAUGAGGGCAUGAGAGCAAAUUUGAUGAAU